AUGGUGAGGCCACCUUGCUGCGGCGAAGACGAGGAGAAGGUGAAGAAAGGCCCCUGGACGGCCGAAGAAGACGCCAAGCUCGUCGACUACAUCACCAACAAGGGCCACACCAACUGGAAGUCGCUGCCCAAGCUGGCGGGUCUCAACCGCUGCGGCAAGAGCUGUCGCCUCCGCUGGACCAACUACCUCCGCCCCGACAUCAAGCGCGGGAAAUUCUCCGACGAAGAGGAACGGCUCAUCAUCAACCUCCACUCCGUCCUCAGCAACAAUUCGUUUUUUUUUUUCUCUCGUCACUGUAGGUGGUCGAGGAUAGCGACCCACUUGCCGGGAAGGACGGACAACGAGAUCAAGAACUACUACAACACGCACAUCAGGAAGAAGCUUCUCCAAAUGGGGAUCGACCCGCAGACCCACAAGCCGCGGACCGACCACAGCCAGAUCAUCAACCUCACCCAGCUGAUCGGGGCAGCUCAGCAGCUCAACAGCAUGAUGAUGCUCAGCAAUAAUAGUAACGGUCUUGGAAAUAGUAACAACAACUACAAUACCUCCGUCACUAAUGGUAUCAUUUCCAACGGACUUUUAACGACGAACCUGCAUGAAGCUGCGGCGAAGGUGCAACUGGCGCAGAACCUGCUGCACCUUUUCAACCCGACAACCGCCACCUCAGCUUCACCCUUCCUGGCCCAACAACAAUUGUCACAGCAAUUUUUUUGCAACCAGCUCAUCAAUACUUUGCCAGCUUUGGCGACGGCUGGUGGGUCGUCGCUAAUGGUCAACAACAGCAGCAACGGGGCUUUGGCCAUGCCGGGUUUGGUAUCGCCGGAGGCGUCAUCAUCGACGUCACUUGUUCAUACCAACAACGUUAACGGCGGCGGUGAGAUGGAGAGGAUGAAGAUGGAGUCGGGGAACAACAAUAAUUACCAGCAGAAUUUUUCGGACGGAACGACGGCGACGGCGGCCGAUGUGGGUGGUGAGUACGAAGCUUGGGAGAAGAUGUUGCUGAUGGAUGACGACUUUGCCGUCCUCGGCGGCAGCACUUUCUUCUCGUCCUGGAAAGAUGACCAUCUUGUGUUGGAGUAG